AUUUAAUUAAAAAGCGGGAAUCAGAUGAUACAUACAACGCCAUCUAUAACUUCCGGAUUCCAUCUCAAGCACUUCGUCAUCGGAUCGUGUUCUUUUCCGUGUUAUCAAAAUGGGUAUUGAUAUCAACCAUAAACACGACCGCAAAGUCCGGCGAACGGAACCAAAAUCUCAGGAUGUCUACUUACGACUCCUUGUCAAGCUCUACCGUUUUUUGGCAAGACGUACCAAUGCUAAAUUCAACAAGAUUAUCCUCAAACGUCUUUUUAUGAGCAAAAUAAACCGACCACCAAUAUCUCUAGCCCGAGUGGUGAGAUUCAUGAAGAAACCCAACCGAGAGAACUGCAUUGCAGUGAUUGUUGGUACUGUUACUGAUGACGCCAGAAUCUUUGAAAUUCCAAAGAUGACAGUCUGCGCUCUUCGAGUGACUGAAAAAGCUCGUGGUCGUAUUCUCAAAGCUGGAGGUGAAAUAAUUACUUUUGAUCAACUUGCUUUAAGAGCACCAACUGGACGAAAAACAGUUUUAAUGCAAGGACGUCGUAAUGCUCGUGAAGCUGUAAAACACUUUGGACCAGCACCAGGUGUACCUCACUCGCAUACUAAACCUCUUGUGCGCUCAAAGGGAAGGAAAUUCGAGAGAGCACGUGGUCUUAGGCGUAGUGGUUACAAGAAGUAGAUAAAUUGUCUGUGUCCAUUUAUUUAAAGACAUUUAAAGAUCUAAAGAUUUAUUUCUUUUUAUUUACAUAUGUUUUUUUUUCAUUCGAAAAAGAAGAGGACUUUUUGGUAAAUAAAUGUUGACACUGGCAUUUAAAAAA